GUGGAGGGACGGCUACCAACUACUUCGUGUGCCCUUCCUUUAAGUCUCGUGACAAGCCCUAGAGGGUCUGUAGUGAUGACAGCCGUGUGACAGAUAAAGAAAUGCACCCCAGAAAGAUCAACAGGAGAGCGGUAGGAAGUUCUGAAGUUGGAACUUAGACGUUUCUGCCUCCCGGAUCCUUGCUGUCCUGGCUCGCCGUGCCGCAGCCACAGUAGCUGCAGGGGAUGUUUGCAGAGAAUGGAGACCUCGCAUCAAAUGCUUCUUGCCUAUCGAGGACUAGUGCGACUUUUGAAGUCAGAGUCCCGAAGACAUCUGCCCGCUUUGGCAGUGGAGGAAGGGGACAGCGUUCACCAAAAAGGUUGAGGUUAAGGAGGCCACAGUAAAGUUACCAAAACAGGAUGGCUCCUCAGUUAAGGGAGUUGAAAUCUACCGCCAUACGCGUUCUUUAAGAUCUUUGAGAAAAAAAGAACAGAUUUCUUCAGAUUCUAGUUUUGAUAAGAAUAUGGAAAGAACAGAGAAACCCACUACUAAUGGCAGACAUUUCACAAGGCAGUUGGCUCGACAGCAGGCUGAUAAAAAAAAAGAAGAGUGCAAAGAAGACAAAGUUAUUUCAGUUACUCAUUCGUUGAGGAAUAGAAACAUUGCUCAGAGUACAGAACAUUUGCGUGAACAGAAUGGAGAUGUUGAAGUUCGAAGAAGUUGUAGGAUUAGAAGUCGUUACAGUACUGUGAACCAGUCUGUGCUAUUUGACAAGCUUAUAACAAACACUGCCGAAGCUGUACUUCAGAAGAUGGAUGACAUGAAAAAGAUGCGUAGACAGCGGAUGAAAAACCUCGAAAAUUUGGGAGUGUUUAAUGAAGCAGAAGAGAGCAAUCCUUAUAUGUACACAAGAGGAAAGCGGAAGGCUAUUCAACAGGCCGAUGAAGAAACAACUGAUAACCAAGACGGCAGUGUGGAAUCAUCUGAAGAGGGUGAAGAGCAAGAGGAGGAUGAUGGUGAAGAUGAAGAAGAUGAUGAAGAUGAUGAAGAUGGAGAAGAAGAUAAUCAAAAACGAUACUAUCUUAGGCAGAGAAAAGCAACUGUUUACUACCAAGCACCACUGGAAAAACCUCGUCACCAGAGAAAGCCCAACAUAUUUUAUAGUGGCCCAGCUUCUCCUGCAAGACCAAGAUACCGACUAUCUUCUACAGGACCAAGAAGUCCCUAUUGUAAACGACUGAACAGGCGAAGGCACGCAAUCCACAGUAGUGACUCUACUUCCUCUUCCUCUUCUGAAGAUGAGCACUUUGAGAGGAGAAGGAAAAGGAACCGAAAUAGAGCUAUUAACAGGUGCCUUCCACUAAAUUUUCGGAAAGACGAAAUAAGAGGGAUUUAUAAAGAUCGAAUGAAAAUUGGAGCAAACCUUGCUGAUGUUGAUCCAAUGCAACUAGAUUCUUCAGUACGAUUUGAUAGUGUUGGUGGCCUGUCCACUCAUAUUGCAGCACUAAAAGAGAUGGUGGUGUUUCCCUUACUUUAUCCAGAAGUCUUUGAGAAGUUUAAAAUUCAACCUCCAAGAGGUUGUUUGUUUUAUGGUCCACCUGGAACUGGAAAAACAUUGGUUGCUAGAGCACUUGCCAAUGAGUGCAGUCAAGGAGAUAAAAGAGUGGCAUUUUUCAUGAGGAAGGGUGCUGAUUGUCUGAGUAAAUGGGUUGGAGAAUCUGAAAGACAGCUGCGAUUGCUAUUUGAUCAGGCCUAUCAGAUGCGCCCUGCAAUUAUUUUCUUUGAUGAAAUAGAUGGUUUGGCUCCAGUACGAUCCAGCAGGCAAGAUCAGAUUCACAGUUCUAUUGUUUCAACACUGUUAGCUCUUAUGGAUGGUUUGGACAGCAGAGGAGAAAUUGUAGUCAUUGGUGCUACCAAUAGACUAGAUUCCAUAGACCCUGCGUUACGAAGGCCUGGUCGAUUUGACAGAGAGUUCCUUUUUAGUCUACCCGAUAAAGACGCUCGAAAAGAGAUUCUGAAGAUUCAUACAAGAGAUUGGAAUCCAAAACCACUGGACAUAUUUCUAGAAGAAUUAGCAGAAAACUGCGUUGGAUACUGUGGUGCAGAUAUCAAGUCAAUAUGUACCGAAGCUGCUUUAUGUGCCCUGCGUCGCCGGUACCCACAGAUCUACACCACCAGUGAGAAGCUACAGUUGGAUCUCUCUUCAAUUAAUAUCUCAGCUAAGGAUUUUGAGAUGGCUAUGCAGAAGAUAAUACCAGCUUCCCAAAGAGCUGUGGCAUCACCUGGACAGGCACUGUCUGCCAUUGUGAAACCACUCCUGCAAAAUACUGUUCAUACGAUCUUAGAAGCCCUACAGAAAGUGUUUCCACAUGUGGAAGUUAGAACAAACAAAGAUUUAAAUUCAGAUGUUUCUUGCCCUUUGCUAGAAAGUGAUUUGGCAUACAGUGAUGAUGAUAUACCAUCGGUGUUUGAAAAUGGACUUGCUCAAAAAACCUUUAAUCAGGCAAAAGAAAAUUUUAAUUUUCUUCAUUUAAAUAGAAACGCCUGUUACCAACCUAUGUCUUUUCGGCCAAGAUUAUUAAUAGUGGGAGAACCAGGAUUUGGACAGAGUUCUCACUUGGCACCAGCUGUCAUCCAUGCUUUGGAAAAAAUUACUGUAUAUACAUUAGACAUUCCUGUUCUCUUUGGCAUCAGUACUACGUCUCCUGAAGAGACAUGUUCUCAGAUGAUUCGUGAAGCUAAGAGAACAGCACCAAGUAUAGUCUAUGUCCCACAUAUCCACUUGUGGUGGGAAAUAGUUGGACCAACACUCAAAGCCACGUUUAUGACAUUAUUACAGAAUAUACCUUCAUUUGCUCCAGUUUUAUUACUUGCAACUUCUGACAAACCAUAUUCAUCUUUGCCUGAAGAGGUACAAGAAUUGUUUACCCAUGAUUAUGGAGAGAUUUUUAAUGUCCAGUUACCAGAUAAGGAAGAACGGACCAAAUUUUUUGAAGACUUGAUUUUAAAACAAGCUGCAAAGCCUCCUGUGUCAAAAAAGAAAGCAGUUUUGCAGGCCUUGGAGGUACUCCCAGUAGCACCACCACCUGAACCAAGACCACUGACAGCAGAAGAAGUUAAACAGCUGGAAGAACAAGAAGAAGAUACAUUUAGAGAACUCAGGAUUUUCUUAAGAAAUGUCACACAUAGGCUUGCUAUUGAUAAGCGGUUCCGAGUCUUUACCAAGCCUGUUGAUCCUGAUGAGGUUCCUGAUUAUGUCACUGUGAUAAAGCAACCAAUGGACCUUUCAUCUGUAAUCAGUAAAAUUGAUUUACAUAAGUAUUUGACUGUGAAAGACUAUUUGAAGGAUAUUGAUCUAAUCUGUAGUAAUGCUUUAGAAUACAAUCCAGAUCGAGAUCCUGGAGAUCGUCUUAUUAGGCAUAGAGCCUGUGCUUUAAGAGACACUGCCUAUGCAAUAAUUAAAGAAGAGCUUGAUGAAGACUUUGAGCAGCUUUGCGAAGAAAUUCAGGAAUCUAGGAAGAAAAGAGGUUGUAGCUCCUCCAAAUAUGCGCCAUCUUAUUACCAUGUCAUGCCAAAGCAAAAUUCUACUUCUGCUGGUGAUAAGAGGUCAGAUCAAGAGCAGAAUGAAAAGCUAAAGGCACCUUGUACUCCUGUUGCUUGCAGCACCCCUGCUCAGCUGAAGAGGAAAAUUCGUACUAAGUCAAAGUGGCAUGUAGAUAACAAAAUAAAGCGAAGGAAAUUUUCACAAGCAAAAGACAAUCAAAUCAGGAGUGAUACAGAGGAAAGUCAACAUACAAGUGCAGAACACACUGAGCUUGGAAAUACAGAAGAGUCUUCAAUAGAAGAAAAUGAGAAGCAAAAUGUUUCUGAAAGCAACAUAGACUUGAAAAAUAACUCAAGUAUCUCUAAUAUUGAGAACGAACUUGAAGAAUCUAAUCAAGCUACAGAGUGUACAGAACUGAGAAAAGAUAAAAUUGAUUGUAAUGGAGAUGCUUCUAGCUCCCAGAUCAUAGAGAUUCCUGAUGAAAAUGAAUCAAAAGAAAUGUGUAUUCUGCGAAUGACUCGAGCUAGACGGUCUCAGGUAGAGCAGCAGCAUCUCAUCAGCGUGGAGAAGGCGCUGGCGAUUCUCUCGCAGCCUACACCCUCACUUGUUGUGGACCAUAAGCGGUUAAAAAAUCUUUUGAGGAAUGUUGUUAAGAAAAGUCAGGAAUAUAAUAUAUUCCAGCUGGAAAACUUGUAUGCAGUAAUCAGCCAGUGUAUUUAUGAGCAUCGCAGGGACUAUGACAAAACAAUUCUUGUUCAGAAAAUGGAGCAAGCAGUAGAAAACUUCAAUUGUUCCAGAUCAUGAUGUCAUUGCAUCAAGUAUUUUUAUAUUCAAUUCCUGUUUGUCUUUGGACAUAACUGAUGCAAGAUAAAAUUAAAUCUUGUAUCUUCAAGAAAAGAUUAAAAUAGUAAAAGUAUUUUAAAUUUCCUGAUGUUUAUGUACAUGUGGUAAGAUAACUGAUAAGUGUUGGAUUUUUGUUUGAGCAAAACACUGUAACAAUAGUAAUAGUUCUAGUUUGUCGAGAUAUUAAAGCUAUUUUGGUAGUAUUUUUUGGCAUUUAAUAAUAAUUUAGCAGCAUUGGAGUUGUUGUUGUUGUUGUUAGAAAAGCACUUUUAAUUGGACCCUUCCUACUAGGUUAUUGUAUUAGACUAGAAUUGUAUUUGUUGUAUUUUUGUCAUCUCUUUUCUUUGUUUUCCUCUAAUACCUUUCUCCGUCUGCCAAAAUUAAAGUUGUGAUUUGUAAGGGGCCUCAAAUACAAUUCUGUACUUUUAAUAUAAAAAUUAAUGUUUUGGGUAAACGUUUUUAUAGUUCUAAUUUGAGCUAAUAAAGGUUUAAAAAUGUAUCGUUUACUUUGUAAUUAUAUAUAUAACAAAUGACAAGUGAUAGUUUUAUAUUUGACAACUGUUUAUCUUUCCAUUGUAUUUAGGUUAUAUUCUAUAAAUUAUUUUUAUAUGCACAUAUAACUAUAAAUGUGAAUUUUGUAUUACUGAUACCAAGAAUACAUUUCUUUUUAAAGUUGAAGCCAUUUGCUUCUAUGCAGUAUUUGGUGGGACAUUAAGGCCUUUGCAUCUGUUGGAAAGUGGUAACUAAAGUGAGAGGCUGUGGUUUGUUGAUGCUAUGAUGGUAAGGAUGGAACCCCAGACCCAGUACACUGAGCACAUACCUAGCUCAAGAGUUUAGAUUUUAGUAUAGUUUUAUUAUGUGGAUGUUUAAAAGAUUUCUAAGAUUCAGUAAUUUGGAUACCUUAAUUAGUAGGUGCUGCCUUAUAUACCUGUUAAAAAUCAGUGCCAAACACUGAUAACAUUUGAACAUGUGCAUAUUACUAAAUAUUGUACAAAUUGAGUGUGAUUGAAUACAUCUAUGAUCUCAGCCCUGGAGGCAGAGACAGGAAGAUCAUUAAUUAGCUACACAGUAAGUCUGAGGCCAGCCUGGCUACUUGAGACUAUCUAAAAAAAAAAAAAAAAAAAAAGCAAAAAUAAAUAAACAAAGGGAUUAUACAUAAUAGUUUUUGCUGAUGUUUAUUAUAAUUUAUUUCAAAUGUAUCCUUUUAUUGUGCAUCUUUUAUAAUAAAUUUUAAAGUUAAAAGCUUAA